UUCGUUCCAUAGAUCAUGUUGAUUGUUUACUAAUUGGUCGCUUGAAAGCGGCUGAAGUUCAUGAUUGUUUCGUGCCAGAUAAUCAGCAACUGCUUUCAUGAUUGUCACUCGGAUGAUUUGUGCUGCUGGGCUGCCAUUAAGCCUUUUCGACGUGUAUAAUACAAGCCACUUAUAGUGUCAGUAUUCCAGUAUUGUUGCCUCGUCAGGGAGUGGUAACUUGAUCUGCGUUAUUGGAUAUCAUCCAACUUUGAUGUGCAUUCGUGCUGUCAUCGAAACCGUGCGCUGAACUCUAUCCUUUCCUCUCUGCCCUCACAACGACUUUGUUUCUCCGUCAGUUAAUACCAUUGCGUAUUGUUAUUGUACUGCCGGUAGGUUGGUAUCAGCAUUACGUUUGUAGCUCCUUGAUCUGCAACUUUCAACUAGGCUUACACAGAUCAUGUCUAGCUGAUGCUAAUUUGAUUUAACAACACUGAAAUUGGAACGAGUUGCUUAAAAAGUAGAAAUAAAUUGAACACUCUUGACAACUACGGAAACACUUCAAGAAUGGGACUCGGGGAGAAGAAACGAGUAGAUGCCGAAGACCAGGAACAUAGUGAAGGAAAAGGAAAGAAAUACGGCAAGUCCCGUUCCCAUGAUCCCACCUUCAAUGGACCAAUCGAGAACCGUAGCUGUACGGAUGUCAUCUGCUGUCUUAUCUUCCUUGCCUUCCUCGGGGGUCAGGGUUACAUUGCCUACAUGGCCUUCACGACGGGUGACCCCAGCACCAUCAUCUACCCUACCGACUCUCAGGGUGACAUCUGCGGUGUUGCUGCAGGAAAGACUAACCUGACUAGCCUGUUCUUCUUCGACUGGCUGGCCUGCUUCUCCUACUCUACGCUCAUCACCUUCCAGUGUUCCACCCCUCAGGUGUGCGUCGAAAACUGUCCCACUGAGACCUACUCCAUCUGGACCAAGUACAUUUUGGAAUUGGACUCAUCUAAACCCGUCGGGGUCGAUUGGAGUCACUUCGUCUGCCAAUACGGGGUGGACCCGGAGAAUGAGGUUAUGAAUAACGGUCGUACCAUUCGGGAUCUUCUUAACGAGGAGCUGUGUGCAUCGUACUACGUGCAAAGCGAACCCUUGUUCGGAAGAUGUUUGCCAGACUUCCUUGUGGCAAAUGUGACAGACAUGCCAUCUGAGACACCGAACGGACGUAACAUCACCGCAGAGAACGUAGACGUCUUCGCCAGGUUCAUCCACUAUAUACAACAGUCAGAACAGAUUCAGAGUGUCGUCGACGAUUUCAAGUCGACCUGGCCAUACAUCGUAGGGGCUCUCUGCAUCGUCGUCCUCUUGUCGUUCUUCAUUCUCAUCCUCAUGCGAUGGUUGAUGGACGUGGUGGUGUUUGGAUCCAUCCUGUGUCUCUUCGCGUUGCUAGCAGUGGGCAUGUACUACUGCUAUGACACCUGGUUAUGUUACAGGGACGGAGAAGUGAAAUGUUAUUCCAUGCCCAUAGACGAUCCUUUCAAUCUCUUCAGCUAUCUCCAGUCUGAGAACACAUGGCUAGCUUUCGCCAUUAUCUUGACCGUGAUUGCCGCCAUCCUGCUACUACUGUGCCUGGUCUUAUUCAGCCGGUUCCGACUUGCAGCCAAAUUGCUAGGUGAGGCAAGCAAUGCGGUGGGCAUGAUGUUAAGCACACUGGCGUGGCCUCUAUUACCGUUUGUCUUUCAGUUUGGCUACGUGGCGUUCUGGGCUUUUGUAGCCGUCUACUUGGCAUCUGCUGGUGUUGCUGUGUUCGAGGUGUCCAAUGCUCCAAGUGAUUCCCCAGUGACGAAUGGAACGACUUGUGAUCAAAUGACGUUCAACGCUUCACUGUACGCCCCCGCGAACUGUCAUUUCGUCAGCUAUGGCUUGCCGUCAUACACCAUCUACCUUCAGAUCUAUGGAGUAGUAGGAUUGUGGUGGAUGCUUAACUUCUUCAUUGCUUUAGGAGAGGUGACUUUAGCAGGAGCCUUUGCCUCGUACUACUGGGCUUUUACGAAGCCCCGAGAUAUUCCAAGCCUCCCGCUUGCCUAUUCUUUCUGGCGAGCCAUUCGUUAUCACCUGGGCUCUAUGGCUUUCGGCGCUCUCAUCAUCACCAUUGUCCAGCUCAUUCGAGCCCUCCUCGAACUGGUCGAAGAAAGGACCAAAGAUGCCAGUAACGUCGUGACUAAAUUCAUAUUCUGCUGUUGCAAAUGUGGAUUUUGGUGUCUGGAGAAGUUCCUGCGUUUCAUCAGUAAGAAUGCCUACAUCGAGAUUGCCGUCUAUGGGCGCAAUUUCUGCUCUUCGGCUUCAAGCGCCUUCAAUCUCCUCAUGCGAAACAUCGUACGCGUAAGCGUUCUAAAUGGUGUGACCGGUUUUAUGCUCUUCCUCCUGAAAUCUUCUAUCGUUGUAGGCAUCACGGUCGGUGCGUUCUACUUCUUUCAGCUCCAGGUGACGUCGGGAGGUAACACGUUUUACGUCGUCCCGGAAAUCAACAACGUCUGGGUGCCGAUCACCGCUAUUGCGUUCGUAUCCUUCUUCAUCACGACGGCAUUCUUCGGGGUUUACGACAUGGCCGUCGAUACCCUCUUUCUUUCUUUCCUCGAGGAUUUGGAGAGGAAUGAUGGAUCUCCAGAGAAGCCUUACUACAUGUCCAAUGGUCUCAUGGACUUGGUUGGCAAGCAUAACAAGAAGCAAAAGAAACACAAGAACGACUGAACGUUUUACGGAUAAUUUUAAGUGACUAUUAACAACAUAAUAUUGACAAUAAAUAUGAGCUUUAUUUGGCUCAAGUGUCGUGUCAAAGGAAGUGUCUUGGUUUGAAAAUACCAGGAUAAUUGUGAAAUAAUAUAUAAUAUAAAAAUGUAAAUUUUCCAAAGUGAAAAAAAACAAACAACAACAAUCGAUGUCGUAGCUUUUCAUAGCGCAAAUAAAGGAAAUUCCGUGGUUAAUUUACUUGACUUUCCAUCAAAGGAUCGAAUAUGCGAAUCCCAGUCCGGCACUUCCACGGUUGCCAUUUUCACCCAGGUGUAUCGUUUCUCUAUAUGCUAGAGCGCUACACAUUUGAGCAAUAUUGUAACGGACCAGCCCGUUACAGGUAGUUAUCUUGCAGAAAACGCAGAGGGCAGUAAGCUUUUGGGGCGUAAGGGCUCAGAGCGCAAUUACGGACGCACCAUGCGUAAAGCAGCUCUCAGAGCGUCUCAGAAGCUAUAAAUAGCAGUAUUGAGCGGAGGUUUCGUCAUUUCGACGCUGGCUCUCGUCUUGGUCAGAUAGCGAACUCUUCGCUUUGCUCCAACUGAGCUAAACUAAGGAAAAGGAUUAGAAGCGAGAAACAGAGUUCCUACAAAAGGCAAUCCCUGCCUUAACUACUUGUUGAGAUUAAUCCAGGUAAUCGGUGACGGUGUUAACUAUGAUAACAUGUUGGAGAAGUUGACUUAUGUUUGUAUUAAUAAAGUAUACAGUUAAACAAUCCAUCGUUUCAUAA